UGGAAGAAAAUAACUUGGGUCACUCACAAGGGAAGCCAGGAGAGGGAGGAGUCUUGUGUCCCUUUGUGAGUGAAAUGGGUUUGAAGUUGAUCAAACCCUUGAGGGGGGAGACGGAGCAGACGAAUUGGAGACAGAGGCUGCAGCAGUUCAAAGGCUGGCACAUGCCAACUCCUGCCAACCUAGAGCUCCUUCUGGACCUGCCCCCGGUGCCCAUGGAGGUGCAGCUCUGUCACGCCUGGAGUCGCUGGGACCGCUCGCCCAACAUGUGCCAGCCGGAGGGUGCCACGGUCUACAGUGGGCUGACGGUGCGCCGGAACCCGGUGCAGGACAGCACGGACUGCGCCCGGGGCAGCAUGAGUUACCGCCGCGGACUCCACGUCUGGCAGGUGCGCUGGCCCCCUGGGGAGAGGGGCAGCCACGCGGCGAUAGGGGUGGGCACUGCCCACGCCCCCCUGCACCAUGACAGCUACCGGGUGCUCCUGGGCGGAGGGGAUGGAGAGUCCUGGGGCUGGGAGCUGGGGGCGAACCAGCUACACGGUGGGGGCAGGGAUGGCCACCGGUACCCUGAGGUGGCAGAGGAGCCGCUGCCCGUGCCCGAGAGCUUCCUGGCCGUGCUGGACUGCGACGGCGGGACCCUGAGCUUCCUGGUGGACGGCUUGUACCUGGGAGUGGCCUUCGACGGGCUGAAGGGCAAGACCCUGUACCCCAUGGUGAGCUGCGUCUGGGGCAAUGCCAGCAUCACCCUCACCUACCUGAAUGGCCUGGAGAGACAGCCGCUCCGUCUGGCUGAUCUCUCCCGGCGGAGAAUCCGUCAGUCGCUUGGACAGGGCCGGAUAUCAGAGGUUGCCUCGUUACCUCUGCCUCCCAUCCUUCAAACCUAUCUCCAACAUUCCUGAAAGUGGGAAGAGAGGACGGACAGAGAAAGACACAGAAUUGUCAGCUGGAACUCAGCUUGUUAGUUAUGUCAAACAAACCUUCGUCAUAUACCUCCCCAGGCCCAGGUUGGGUCUGGACUUUGACGGGUUUUUAAGAAAUUCUCGGAUCCCGGCCAUCGUGAGGGGAGAGUAACUGCGGCCAUUCCUCCCUGUUGCU